AUGCUCAAGAGACAACGACCGUCCUCCCCGAUACCGAUGGCGGCGGAGGCGCCCCUCGCCGCCGAACCGCCCUUCGACAUCGACCUCGCUGAGCGGGUAGCCAAGCGCGCGCGGCACUUUGCUCCUCUCCGUCGCAGCAGCUACGCGCAGAAGAACGCAGUCGUCUUGGGUCCUGAUACGGACGGAGAGGAGGAGCAGGAGGACGAUGGCCGCUCAGAGUAUACGAGGGGCCAGACGCAGUGGCAGGAGAAGGCGGGGUUGUACAAGAACGCGAACACCCUCUUGCACGACCUGCAUGCGGAGCAACGGCAUCGACACCUCUUUGCGGCUGGCCCGUCGAACCCCCCGCAUCCACAGCGUCAUCCCCAUCAUCCGAUGUCCUCGAACCCGCCUCCAUCGAUGGAGCUGAGACACCCGCGAGGCAUCGCCAUGCCACAGCCGUCAGCCGGCGGUCCGUCUUACCACACAUCUUCGCAUGCGCACGGCUCAACGGAACAAGUUGAGGCGCGGAUCGUGACCUCGCAAUACGAAGACACCAACAGAUUCCUGAGGGACUUGUUCCUCAACCGGAGGCGAAGGCUGGGUGCCGAGCAGACUUGA